GUGUGUAGGAGAAGGGUUGACGACACUGGGACAUUGUCUGCGAACUUGGUUCAACGAAUGACUAACGUUAGCUUUAGUGCCGUGGCUGUCUCUAUCAAGCCAGCUAGCUAGUUACUCCGAGUCCUCAAGAGAUGUAUUCAACCAACCAGAGAAACUACUGUAGCUAGUUAAGUAUUAGUAAGCUAGUAGUAACGUUAGCUAGCUAUCUAUCUCUGUUAAUGUCAUGGAAUUGCUGUGAAACUCCCUGGUAGGAUAUGGCAGAUUUGAGAUGUCGGAAAACAUUGGUAAAGGAGAGUGAGGAGGAACACCAGCAAUGUGAAUCUGAACCUCACUCAGAAAAUAAUGUUACAGUGGACAAGGUUAGUUUGAAGGAGAAGUGUUUGGAGGACACAGAUGGAGCUGUCUGUGGGGCUCAGGAGAAAGAGGAGGAAAAGAAGGAUGAAGAUGAAAAGGAGGCAGACGGUCAGAAGCCCUCUCCUGUCAAAAGAACCCAGAGUGCCUGCAGAUCAGUUAUGCUUCAGCGGCUAGUGAAGCUGUUCUUCGGAUGCCUGGCAGCAGUAACAUGUGGCAUGAUGUAUGCUGUGUAUCUCUACACCUACCACGAGAGGAAGUUCUGGUUUUCAAGCAGACAGGAGCUGGAACGGGAAAUCACCUUCCAGGGUGGCAGUGGACUCUACUAUUACUACUACAAACACAUGUUGACAGCACCCUCCUUUGAAAGUGGGAUAUACGAGUUGACGAGAGACAACAGGACUGUGUCUGGUCAGACCAUCAAUGUAGUGGAGCGCCUGUCUCUGUACCCAGAACUUGUCACGAGUCUGCUCUAUAGAGUCACAGGAAGCCAGGAUGUAAUAGAGCCAGUAUACUUCUACAUCGGGGUGGUGUUUGGCCUCCAGGCGGUCUACGUCACUGCCCUCUUCGUGUCCAGCUGGGUGAUGAGUGGCACCUGGGUGGCUGGCAUGCUGGCCGUGGCCUGGUAUGUCAUCAACCGACCAGACACGACCAAAGUGGACUAUGCAAUUCCUCUGCGGGACAACUGGGCCUUGCCUUAUUUCUCCUGCCAAGUUGCAGCCUUAACAGGAUUCCUGAGUAAUAACAUUAACUCUGCCACAGAGAUGUUCUGUUACCUCCUGAUGAGUGCCACCACCUUCAUCUUCAUCCUGGUGUGGGAGCACAGUCACUACGUGCUCUUCAUCCAGGGCCUGGCCCUGUUCCUGCUUGACUCCUUUGACCUGGUGCCGCCCCGCAAGAUGGCUGACAUUCACAAGGUGUACCUGAGCUCUCUGCUCCUGGCCUAUGUCCUCCAGUUCCAGAACCCAGCCCUGCUCAGCUCCCCUCUGCUCAGCCUCCUCAUCAGCUCUGUGCUCGCGAGGUACUUCCAGCAAAACAUGAAGAUGGGCCCCCUAGUGGCCAGACUGAUAAAGAUCUUUCUGCAUUUCUACCUUUGCUUCACCACCGGGAUCACUUUCAGCUAUGUGGUCAAGCGACUAAUGCCAGUCAGUGAGAGUGAUUUCAUUUUGAAAUUUCUUGAAGUGAAAUUCGGACUCAACACAACAACAGACUUUGUGACCAACCGGCUCCUGUGUCAAGAAUGCUUCCAGACGCCCAGUCAGGACUUUUUCCUGCGGCUGACCCAAGCAUCAGUCCUGCCUUUCUACUUACUGGUCCUCCUCAUCUGUCUCAUAUCAACACUGCAGACCAUCUACAGGAGGCUCAGUAACAGUGGUGAGCCAAUGAAAACAAACCUCCGACUCGAAGAUGGACGAAUAGGAGAGCAACCAGAGGUCGUCUACCAUGUUUUCCACACAAUUCUGUUUGGGGCCCUCGCUAUGUCCUUUGAGGGGAUGAAGUAUUUGUGGACCCCAUACGUCUGCAUGUUCACAGCGUUUGGUGUGUGUUCUCCAGAGCUCUGGAUGACUGUGUUCAGGUGGCUGAGGCUGAAGUCCAUCCACCCUGUAGUACUGGCCUUAAUAUUGAGCACAGCAGUUCCAACCAUCAUUGGAUUCAGUUUAUGGAGAGAGUACUUUCCCCGUUUCAUAGCAGAACUAUCAGAGCUGCAGGAAUUCUAUGACACCGAUACAGUAGAGCUGAUGAACUGGAUAAAGACCCAUGCCCCGAUUGCAGCAGUGUUUGCGGGCAGCCCACAGCUGUUGGGUUCGGUGAAGCUGUGCUCAGGUUGGACUGUGACCAGUCUGCCUCUCUACUCAGACAUUGACCUGCUGAGGAGGAGUGAGGAUACGUACCAGGUGUAUUCAAUGAGGUCUGCGGAAGAUGUCUACAAGAUUCUGUCUUUGCACAAGACAAGCUACGUGAUCAUCGAAGAGUCGCUGUGCAACGAGUUGAGUCACACCAAGGGCUGCAGGAUCAAAGACCUGCUUGAUAUCGCCAACGGCCAUGUGGUGUAUGACAAAGGCGAGAUGUACUCCUUCUCCAAACAUGGGCGAUUCUGUCAUGAGAUAAAGAUGAACUACUCGCCCUACACCAACUACUUCUCAAGGGUUUUCUGGAACAGGUCCUAUCACAUCUACAAAGUCAACUCUGUCAUCUCCUUCCAGUACUGAAGACCGCUCCGCUUCAGCCUGCUCCUGAGCCAAGACUCUUCUGUCUCUGCAGUGUCUGUUACCAUAGUUGGAUGCAAUACAACCCCUCCGCAGUUGGUGCUUGUAAAAUCAGUGGAAGUGUGUUGAUUGAAUAUUCAGUCCCCUUUUAGAAUUCUACGGGGAGCGUAAAUUGUCUUGAUAUUGUCAUGUUUAUCUCUUAAUAUUGACGCACAUGCAGUGCAUGUGUGUUUUAAUGGAUUGUUAAAGUUUGCAGCUUUGUGCGUUAGGAUGUAUUUGGCUACACUGCCCUGUUUGCUUCUGUAUGAUGUAAAAGGGAAAGGAUGAGCAGAGCUCACUCUGAAGCCUUAUGGGGUAGUGAAGGCAGGCUCUGAGGCUACCCAAUUUUGUUGCUUUUCAUUCUUCAAACCUAUUAUUCUGGAUGCCUUUGUAUAGGCCACAUAGCUAAAGCAGUGGCUUUUAAGAUGCUAUUUUGAGCUACCGUCAACUUAGAUCUUUCACUGGUCAUAGUAUGCCAGUCUAACUCGCUAUGUCUGGACAUUUUCAUUUUAAAUUGUAGUUAUUUCUAAGACUAAAGAAAGUGGAUGAAUUUGUGUAAUUGUGUAUUUGUCUCAAACGUAUUGCUAGUGCUGAACUGCAAUGACUUUUGCAAAGCUGCUAUCUGCGUUUUCUCUCCUGAAAAUGUAAAUGCAAAGAUUACAUGCUCUUGGAGCAGUCUCGCUCACCAGAAUCUGGGCACUCAGUGACCCUUCCCUGUAGGUUUUAGCUUAAUAGAGAAUCAGUAUAAUGCCUAUGCAUCUUUGAAUAGAUUGUCUGUCCUAGCUUUUCUUGGUGAACUGUUUCUUGGUGAACAAAUUUUAGGGUGGAAUAUGAUUGAUGUGGUCCUUUUCACCAUGGUAAAUAGACAACUCAACAGAAAGAAAGUCUGCAAACACACCAUUUUAUGUUGUGCCUCAUAUAAGUUUUGUGCAUUUUCUGGGAAGAUGAUGUGUCCUUGUUAAUGUUCAUGAUGUAAAAACCGUCAAGUGGCGUGUAUUCAUGUAUGCCAAGGGAAGCCAGGCUUCCCCAGAAAAUUGACCAAGAAGAAAA